CGGAAGUAAGAUUCAAUCAACUUCCUGUCAGAAAUAUUAUUCAUCGACACUUCAUUGUUCAACUGUAUUUUGUCAAAAAUAAAGGAAUACAAAAAAAGACUUAUUCCACAAAAGUGUGUUACAUUUGUGGAUUUGGGAAAAAGCAUUUAGUAUUAUUAGGAAAUUAUAAGCAGAUAGUUAUUUAAUAAAGGUUGACACAUACGGCUUUACAAUGUCUAACAUGCCACCCAUACGUCGGACUGUGAAAAAUGUUAUUCACAACUAUUCCGAGGCGCAGGUUAAAGUGCGAGAAGCAACAUCCAAUGACCCUUGGGGUCCUUCCAGUACACUGAUGUCAGAAAUAGCCGAUCUAACGUACAAUGUUGUUGCAUUUACGGAAAUUAUGCAAAUGAUCUGGAAGCGACUUAACGAUCAUGGUAAAAACUGGCGUCAUGUUUACAAGUCACUCAUGCUCUUGGAUUACAUUAUUAAAACUGGUAGUGAAAAAGUGGCACAACAAUGUAAAGAAAAUAUUUUUGCUAUUCAAACAUUGAGAGACUUUCAGUAUCGUGAGGAUAAUAAAGAUCAAGGAAUGAAUGUUCGGGAAAAGGCAAAACAGCUGGUAGCUCUUUUAAAGGACGAUGAGAGACUGAGAAAUGAAAGGGCCAAAGCGUUAAAAGCAAAAGAAAGGUUCGCUCAGAAUGCCAUGGGAAUUGGCAGUGAUGAUAAGGUGCGUUACGGAAGAGGAAGUCCCAGUUUGUCCACCGGAGCAGGAGGAGGAGGUUACACUGACUCUUAUGGAGGUGGGAGUGAAAGUGUGCACAGUGAUGCAUCUUCUCCUGUAGAAGUACGGCGUAGGUCAACUGACAUGGUGGAAUAUGCCCGACCAUCGUCUGCUGGCGAAGAAGAAAUACAGUUACAACUGGCAUUGGCAAUGAGUAAAGAAGAGCAUGAUGAAGAACUGAAGAAACAAAAAUCAGAUGAUGUGAAAUUAGCCCUGGCCCUGGAAGAAAGUCGAAAACAACAAGAUGAAGAAAGAAGAUCUAAAAGUAAAACAACAGGACAGCCAGGUGGAUUGCUAUCAUUGGACUCUCCCAAGGCACUGACAACAGAUCCAUGGGGCGCUCCUAUUCCAGCUCCUGUAGCAACUACAGACCCAUGGGGAGCCCCAGUACCAGCUCCUGCACCUGCACCUCCUACUUCUGACCCAUGGCAAUCUCCUGCUAGAACAGUGUCACCAGCACAACAACAACAGAUGUCAUCAGACCCAUGGGGAGCCCCAUUGGCAAUGCAACAGGCACCACCUCCUUACAGUAGUGUAGCCGCUUCAGAUCCAUGGAUAACGCCAUCAUCAGCUGCUGCAGUUCAGUCACAACCACCUCGACAAAAAUCUCCUUGGGAUGCCUCACCAACAAUGGACAAUACAACUGGCUUUGAUUCUGGGUUUGGCAUGGGAGCAAGUGCAGCUACAACAAAUGGACAAAAAGAAGACGAUGGAUUUGAUUUAUUGAGUUCCAGAAGUACAGGAAACUCUCCUGCUAAAAUUCCUACUAGUCAUGGAGCUUUAGACGGAUUUGAUCCACUUGGAGGUGAGAAAAAAGAUCCCUGGUUGCUGGAUGGUAUGCAAGACACAUUACCCACACUACAACAGCAAGAACAGCAGAAGCAUCGGAAAACCCCACAAGAAUUUUUAGGAGACAAUGCAAAUUUAGUUAAUUUAGAUCAACUGGUUACCACAAGUACUAAACAAGCAACUUUGAAUCCAUUUGAAGCUCCAGCUACAUCAAAUCCUUUUGCUGCACAGUUGAGUAAUCAGCCUGCACGUAUGACAUUAAGUCAACUGCAGAGUAAUACACAAGGAUUUUCACAAUCGGCUUCGUCAGGACUUCUGCCGGCACCUUUAGCUCCACUUAAUACGACGGGACCAGCACAACCCCAACAACAAAGUUACAACCCAUUUUUGUGAAAGUAUGAAAAAUGUAGAAUUUCUGAAAAAUUGUAUCAUUAUAUAUAUUCUAGAGAAUGGAGAGAGAAAGAUGUUUGAAAAUGAAUGUUUACUCGACGUCUAGAAGUAGCAUGACCAUGAAGUGAUUUUUAAAACGAACUCGGAAGAUAAAAUAUGAAAAGCUACUAAUCUGUCAUAUCUGCAGUUUUUAUGUUUUAAUCUGUUUGUACAUCAGUUGAAAUGAUUAAGGGCUUUUUCGUUAAAACAUACAUGGGACCUAGAGAAGGCGCUUCAAAAUCUUAACUAUUUGUAGGUGUCAAAAUACUUUUUGUAAAAAUGUAAUUGAAAUUCUCAAUUUUGGUUAUUCCAUUUUCAAAUUGCCUUUCCUUAUACCAUGUAUGAUUAAAUGGAACAGUCCUAAGAAUUCUGUGGCUUUUUUAAAUGUUUCUCAUAAUCUUACAGGGGUUUGUUUUCACUCAUGUCCUUAACUCUUUUGCAAAGUAUAAAAGAAUAUAACAGAAAACGGCAAUACUGUCACCCAUUCAUUAAAAAAACGUCACCCAUGGAUCAUUCACAUUUUCAAAAACAUUGACCAUAUUCCUCGUUUUUUAAGUUAUUUGCUUGGGAAUGGGAAAUUAAAAAAUCUAAUGUGUUGUCUCAUUGGCAAUCAUACCACAUCCUCUUAUUUUUAUAUUAUAUGCAUAUGUUUCAUUGUUCCAGUUUUAUACAUUGAGUUUUGUUUAUCGUUAAUUAAUGUGUUUGUAUUUCAAAUGUUCAUGCUACUGUAGAUACUGUUUGGAGACUUGAUAAUGUGAUAUAUAGCUGUUUUCUAGUAUUUAACUUGUAAAAGUGUGAAAAAUGGUUUCUUCAAUUGUAUUCUAAAGGGGACCGGAUUUUUGAUUUGAUGAUUGAAAAUCACCGUUUCUUCAUCACAUACAAACAUGCAGUGGAGUCACUAAAAUAAAUUAGUUUGAAUUAUUGAUUUAGAAUGGCAUGAAAAUUAAGAUCAGGGAAUUAAGAUCUUUACAGUUUUGACCAUCAGCAGUGGAUUUAAGACUGUGUCCUGUAUCUAAACAUGACAUUUAACCCAAUCAUUCAUGCAACAAUAAGCUGUAAACAAUUUUUUUAAAAAUAAUUGUAUUCCUUGUACAUUUUUUAAGAAAUUAGACUGUAGGAUUUUUUAUUAAUUUUUCAGAUGAUGAUAAUAUAGCAAUAGUUUUAAAAGACAGUAGGUUUUUUUUACAGUUACCAAUUCAGUAUGAUACAUAAGAUAAACAAAUUGUGCCUUUAGAGUGUUUAGUUAUUUCUGUGUAGAUUUUUAUUUUUUUUUUACACAUUUUUAGAGUAGAAAAUGAAGGCAAAAGAUACAUGCUAUAGAAUGGAACAAAAAUGAAAGCAAAAGAUACAUGCUAUAGAAUGGAACAAAAAUGAAAGCAAAAGAUACAUGCUAUAGAAUGGAACAAAAAUGAAAGCGAAAGAUACAUGCUAUAGAAUGGAACAAAAAUGAAAGCAAAAGAUACAUGCUAUAGAAUGGAACGGAAUUGAUAUUUACUUAAUCUUUACUUUAAUGUAAAAGCAUAGAGGGGAAGAAACUCUAAUCAUGGUUAGGUUUGACGCUUUUCAAAACAAAGUCUAACAGUCAAAAUUGAUCUAAAGUUAUACUAAAGACUUGAUGAUUUUAAAGUAUUUCUUAUUGAAAGAUAUUUAGAAAAGAGUCACAGAAAUUUUGUAAUGUAUUUAAAAGAAAAACAUUCAUUAUAUAAGCUUAAAAAAACUAUUGGCAAAUGUACUAGUAUUGUAUGAUGACUUGUUGGAAAUGAUAUUUUAUUUUAUGAACAAUUUGACAUUCCAGGUCAUUUCCACAUUUGUCUCAUAUUUACUGUAAAUAUUACAGAAAAGGGGUUAUUCCUGUUAAACACUGAAAGAGAUUAGUGAAAAUGAUUUAUUUUUUCUCGGAAUUAAAAUUUUGCAAUUUAUUGGGCUAAACUUGUUUAACAUCUUGUCUGAUUCGUCUACCAAUUACACAAAAAAAAAUUAUGAGAAAGUUACUCAGAAUGCAUGCACAUUUCUUUAAUAACUUUUGAUCGAUUUUUGUCAAAAAAAAUUCUGAAAACCAUGAAAACAGCCGCAAUCUUUAGUAAAGAUCGAAUUUUAGCAAGAGAAUAUUUUUGCAAUUUCAUUUUGAUGGCUAAAUUAGCGGACAAUAUACGCCGUGCAAAAAAUUUGCCUUUUUACUGAAGACUUGUACUUUUAUAAUCCUGAAUUAUACCUGCUCAAUAACUCCCAAUAAUUUUUUUUAGUAUUUUUUCUCUUAUCUCUUAGCCUUAAUAUACAACAAUUGCUUUAGACAUGAAAUUAUUUUCUAUUUUAUUAAUAUUUUCAUGUUUUUAAGUAUAGCGAUAUUGUAAAGCACUGUUAGGUUUUUAUUUGAAACACAUACACAUAUGCAGUGUUGAAAUGUUGUAAUGUAAAGUUUUGAAUAAAUCCAGCUAUGCAAAUAUGUGCAUUUUUAUGCGUAAUGGAAACUGUAAAUCUUGGUAAACUGCUUUUUGUUUAUCCCUUUCAAUCAAAGCUGUUAUAUGUGUAUAUAUGAAAGAAAAGAAUUUAUUGAUAGUCUUUCUCUUGCUUGUUGAAUAUGUUUUAAGCAAUUUUAUUUUUUUAUAAAGAUUUGUUUGCCAUGCAAAGAAAUGAGUUUUUGUCAACAAAUUUUUAUUUUAAAUGCAGUUGUCGUUGCUUAUGCUAUUGACCUUAAAACAUUUUUUCUGAGGUUUUAUAAACUAAUAAAAAUUACAAGUGAACUUAUUCUAAAAAAAUCUUACAAGAAAAUUACUCGUUCAUUAUAACUUACAAUCAAUUUUUUAUUUAUAGGAUUUUUUAUGAAAAGAGCUGUUGGUUUUUUUUUAAUUCUGAGAACAAAUAAAAUUUCUGUAAAACCUCUCUAAACAGAACACUGCAUAAACUGGACAAAUAUAAAUUGAAAACCAGUGUAAACUGGAGUCUUGUAUCAGGAUAUUCACUGCAUAUUCAUUUUAAUUAAACCUGUGUAAAACAAACACCCGUCUUAUCAGCACAAAAUGUUUAGUGCUGAUUGAAUUUAGUGUAAUAGACAGGUUUCAUUGUAUAUCGUUGUAUAUUUUUUACUUGAUUUUUUCUACGAUUGAUGGUUAACCAAUCUGUGCCAAAGAAAUUCAAACAUUAAGGUGGUACCAAACACCUUGACCAAAAUUAAUUUGGCUCGUUUAAUUUUCAUAAAAUUUUGACAAAAUAUUUACUUUGACCCUUCGACAAAAAUUUCUAAAAACUUGAACCACACACUUUAUCGGAAAAAUUUCAUUGGGUAUAUAGCAGUUUGGCAAACAUUAAUUUUGAUCAUUGAGAAGCUUAAUAUUUCCUUAACAAUAGAACAUGAUUAAAACGUCCAGCUGAUUGUUACAGAGUUAUCUCCCUGUAGUGUUAUGUACCACCUUAAUACUAUGUUGUGUUUGAUAGAUUCCAGAAUUAUGUGACUUGAAAAAGCAAAUUGUUCACUAAUCAUAUAUUUUGUAACUUAACUUUAUAUAUGGCCUCAGUACCAAGAUUGAAUAAAAUUGAACAUGAACAUAAAUUUAAUUUAGAGGUAGAUAAUUCAUUCAAAUAUUCAGAAUUUCAGAAUACUGGGGCUCUUUCCCUUCAAAAAUCUUAUGGUUGAAAUUUAGUUAUAUUAAUUAAGUUAUACCAAAAUGUUUAUUACUCACAAGUAUUUUUUUCUUGUAAGAUUUUUUUGUGAAAAGAGCCACUGGAAUUUUUUCUCUUGUUGUAAAUGACUUUGUUGGAAAGAAAAAAAUGUGAGAAUGAAUGCCAUAUUUUCCAUCACAAGCUUUGUUCACCAUGUUAAUUACCUCGUUUGUUAUAGUUUAUUGUUUAAGUGUGUUGAUUUUUAUAAUUGUGUAUUGCACAUAUUCACAUGUUGUUAUAUAUUUUCUUCGUGUAUUUUUUUUUUCUUUGAAUGUGGCUACUCUAAUGAUUUAAUCAUUGUUUCAGAUAUGGGUAGUAUUAAUUAAAAUGUUAUAUGUAUGCGUUAGAAAUAAUUUCGUACCCCAAACCUGAAAUAUUUGUGUCCAUUUCUGGUGAAACUUACUUUGAAGAUAGGAUACAAAAAAUUUUUACCAACUUGGAAAUAAAGGUUUUUAAAUAUGCCAUUGUAAAAUUUUUCCAGGAAAAGUUAACUACUAAAUCAUAUUUCAAUACAUGCUUUUUUACCUUCACUAUAUUCUUAAAUUAUAACAAGUUUAAAUGUAGCAUUGAAAAAUGUUUAUCUGAUAAAAAGAACAUUACCUUAUUAUAGACUUAGCCACUGGUUCUCACAUUUAGUUUGAAUGAAAAAUAUUUGUCAUCUUUUAAACAAAUUUCAUAGAUGUGUUUGUAGUCGGUUAAUCAGAUAAUUAUAAGUAGCUUUUGUAUAUAUAAAUAUUUGCUACUGGAUGUUAAGCAAUCAAUCUAUCUAAAUUUUCAAUGCUAUUUUUAAACAUUUUGUGAUUUCAGAGAAUAAUGUAUCAUGUGAUUAAACAUUGAAAGAUAACACAGUACCAUGUUUGUAUAUAAAGACUAGAUUAUUUAUUUAUGUACUUUAUGCUAAUGCAUCUAAUCAUGGAAAUAAAGGACUAAUUUUAGGAAUCAUUGUUGAAGGGAAAAAAAAUCCCAUUUUUGAUAGUAUGAGUAUGAUAUUUUGAGGAAAGAUCUGAGGAAUAAGAUCUGUUAAAUUGUUAAACAUUUUUUUAGAAAAAAAACCAAAUAGAAUAGAAUUUUAGAUAAGUCUAAUCGAAUGGCUAACAGAAACUUUUUUUCGGUUUGUUGGUUAGGAGACAAUCGUCAUGCAUUGUUUACUGUUUUUCUUACAUUUAUCUGAUUGUUUUUUUUUUGUUAGUAGGAAAAAAGUGUAAGUUUUAAAAUGUGAUAGGUUAUUUUUAUUGUUUUUUAUUUAACUUCAUCUUGUGGAAAAAAUUAAGUUGAAGAAGUUUCAAAAUGAUUGUUCAAGUAAUAGAGUCUAAAUUAUUUUACAAAUAGAUCACUUGAGGAAAUACAGUGCAUUUAAAAAAACAUUGAAAGGUAAUUAUUGAUACACUUAAUUAAAUAGAACUUUGUAAUAACCAGAGCUUGGAUAACAGAACUCAUAAUUUGUUCAUCAAAUUCAGAGCUUUUAAAUUUUUCAUAUAAUCUUUUAGUUCCACUUUCAACAUUUAGCAUACAACUUUUAACCACUUUAUCUUGCUAUUAAUCAAUACUGCGUGCAUUUGUUUAAAAAGCUAUCUGAAAAUUGUCAGGUAAUGAGAACCAACAUUGCUCAUAUGUAACUUGUGUGCAUAUCUGCAUUUCGCUUUUUCACUGAGACAAUUGUGAUUUUGAUACCCUUUUUUUUUUUACACUUAAUGAAAUUUGGCUGAUUGAUUGCAAGUCCUUUUGGUCAACACAUGAAGGGUUUCAGCUGUAUAUGAUUACAAUGUAUGAAAGCACAGAAUAGGAUACAAAAGGACUUUACCUUAAUAGAUAUACUGAUUUCCUCAUGAACAAUUUGCUUUCAACAAAAUACUUUUUUAACAGCACCUUGAGCGUUCCUGAUGAAGGUAAAUCCAAAAAAGCGCUUAGGGCGUAUGAAAUUUAUAAAGCGUUAUUUUCAUUUUUUUUUUGGAUAAAAUUUAGGAAAAUUUAUCACUUGCACAGAAACUGCUUAACACAUGAUAGGUUGAGCUUUAAAUUGUGAUAAUUCCAGUAGUAUAUAUACAGAUGUUGAUUUAAAUUUUUCUAAUGCUUAGCUUGACCAUGCAAUAUAAAAGUGAAAGUUACGUUUUUUAACCUUAAGCUGAAAUCAUUUAUCUUUUAAUAUAUAAUAAAUAGCUACAGAUGUAAAUUGCUUUGUAAAAUAUGUAUGUAACAUUUGUACAUUAAUGAUGUAACUAUACGAUAGUAAAUGUGAUAUUGAAAACAUUGUAAUGAACAAAAAUACAUUAUGAUUCUAAAGUAA